AUUCCAUUGAUAUUUUGUUGUGUCAAAAAGUGAUACACUGAUUUACCAAGAUGAUUUUUAGUCUUAACACAAUAUAAUGAAUAAACAUAAUGCUUCACUGACUACUAUAGUCUAUAACUGACUAUAUCGUCUAAUUCGUCUAUAUCAAUUACCAGUUAUUUACUGUUACUCUUAAAUUCAUAUUUGCCGAUCUACAAUUGUAAUGGAGUUCAUUAAUUAAAUUUUACAAUAACAUAUAAACGGCAUAGGAAAUUUUGAAAAAUAGUAAAAAAAACGAUGUCAAAGUAGCAACAAUUCAUGUACUAUAGGACAUAAGGCUGAAGUAUUCGGAAUUUCUUAAACAAUAAGAUUCUCAAAAUUAUUACUUUGAAAUUGAAAAAAAAUGUUGACUAUAAAUUCUAAGUCUCCAAGUGUUGAAAAAAAAUUAUCUCCUGUCAUUGAAAAAAAUGAAAUUGAUACAUUAUCUACCUCUGACAAAAUAAAAAUUACUCCAUCAAAAAUAUUAAAGACAAAUGAUGAUGGCAAAAGAUCUGGAUCAAAAUCAAAAACAUGUGCACAACAGUUAAAAAUUGAAAUAGCAACUUCAAAUCUAUUUAAAAAAAAUGAGAUAAAUCCUGAACAAGCAGAUAGUAACAAUAUUGAUUUAACUGAUACUACUGAAUUAGAAUCCAAGAAAAUUGAUAUUGCUACAAAAGAAAAUUAUGAAGACAAAGUUACUGUUUCUCUGAUAAAUUCCAUACAUAUUGAUAAUAAUAUAGCAAAAAUGGAAACUAAUAAAAUUAAACAAACUAAAAACUUAGAUGAUUUUGAUAUUGGUGCAAAAUUUAAAAUUGUUGAAAAAAGUACUAUAAUUCGCAACCAUUUAGAUGAAGAAAAAAAUGAGAAUAUUAUAAUUGAAACAAAGGAAGUUGCACAAGUAUCUAAAGAAGAGUCUAAUAUACAAGAUGAAGAAUUGGAUCAUGAAGUAUAUGUAGAAUUAGACCAUGAAGUCGAUGAAGAAGAAAUAAUUCAAAGUAGUGUUGGUAUUAAUCAAACUUACAGUACAGUAAAAUCAAUUCAAGAACAUAGUAAAGAUGAUAACAAUGAAGACUCUAUUAAUUUGACAAUCGAAGAAGAUGAUAUUAAAUUAUUUGCUGAUGAGGAAGAUACAGACAUUGAAAAAGAGGACGAAGUCAUUGGGAACCAAACCAAAGAAGAAACAUCAUCGAUCAAACAUUGCCAUCCAGUUACUAGUAGCAGAUCGUCAACUGGAUUGGACAAAAGCCGUUGCAGUGCAACUGAGAAGCGAUUAUCUGUUGGGGAUAAACUACGCAGUACCCACAAAGAAGACAAGGAUAUCAGCAAUGCAAAACCCAUCAUCAAUGUUAGUGUUCCCAAAGAUGAGAAAAAUGAAGAGGAGAAACUAGUUAAUGAUAAACUGGAACUUGGCAAUAAUCAGAGUGAUAAUUCAAAGGCUCAUCUAAUAUCAAAUGAUACUUCAAAAAAAAACAAUUCAUCUUUGGUUCGCAACAUUUGGGUUAGUGGUUUGUCAUCAAUUACUAAGGCCACUGAUUUAAAACAACUUUUUUCAAAAUAUGGAAAGGUGGUUGGUGCAAAAGUUGUGACAAAUGCCAAAACUCCAGGAGCUCGUUGUUAUGGUUUUGUUACAUUAUCCUCAGCAGAAGAUGCUAAUCGUAGUAUUGAAAAUUUACAUAAGACUGAACUUCAUGGACGUGUUAUUAGUGUUGAACGAGCUAAACGUGAUAAUAGUUAUCAAGUGACUGCAAACAGUUCUGAUUCAUCUAAAGUAAAUGAAAAUUUUAAAAAUGAUCAAAAAAUAAAAAAAAAUGAGGAAAAAAAGAAUAAACCAGAAGAAAAAAGGGAAAAAAGACCAGAAAUUACAAUUAAUGAUGUUAAAAAAUCAAACUUGUCAACUAAUAAACGAUCAUCAAAAGAUCGACAUCAAGAUCCAAAACGCUCUAAAAUUAUGAUUGAAAGUGAUGAACAAAGAAAAGACAAAAGCAUCAAAAGUAAAAGCAGUGAACGUGAUAAAGAAAGACUUAAAGAAUUAGAACGAGAGAGAGAACGUUUAGAAAGAGAGAGAAGAAAACAGCAGGAGAUACUAAACUUAACAAAAAUGAAAAAUGAACGUGAAAAACAAAGGCAAAGAGAAUAUGAGAGAGCAAUGAGAGAAGAAGAACGUAGAAGACGCAUAGAAAAAGAGCGCCAAUUAGAGAUUGAAAGAAAACAAAAGGAAGAGGCAAUUCGCUUAGAAAAAGAAAGACAUAAACUUCGAAUUGAACGUGAACGAAUUGAAAAAGAAAAAUCUGAAUUAUUGCGUUUAGAACGUGAAAAUCAACGUAUAGAACGAGAAAGAUUACAAAGAGAAAAAGAAGAGUUACGUAGAGCACAAGCAAAACUUGAAGAAACAAAGCGUCAAGCAUUACUCAAACGUUCUGCUAUUCCUCAAUCUUCUCCAAUUCCUAGUAAAAGACAUUCUUCAUCAAAUUUGUCUCGAUAUGAAGAAAGAAAAGAAUCAAUUCGUAAUUCUCGUAUCCAGUCAAAUUCAGACUAUGUGAACCAAGCACCUCCACCUCCUAAUAUAACAACAUCUAGACAUCGUUAUGAACAACGUUCAUCAGAUGCCCGUCGUAUGAGGCCAUCAUCACCACCACCUCCACCACCUGCAUCAAGACCCAAAGAUUCUACCGUGAAUAUCAGAUAUAAUACUCAACUAGCAACAGAUCAACAUUACAAAAAUCGUGAUGACCGAUCAAACCGAAGAAAUAAUUCCCGUAGAAAAGACUCAAAUAAUGGAAGUAGUAACAGACAUGCGAAUACUACAUAUGAUUCAAACAAAAGUUCCUAUGGAAUGUCCCGUACCAACGAAAGUAGUACUUGGUCAUCACCAGUCCCAGUAAAGAGUACUUAUGGUACACUUGGCGCAAGCCCUGGAUCUAAUAAUAUGGCGGGAAAUAUGAGACCAGAUCCAUGGACACAUUCUAAUUUUCAGGAUAUGGAUCCAAAUAUUUGGCAACGUACAACUCAACCACCUCCAUCCGACAAGUGGAACAGUUUACCAUCGAGCAAUCCUCCAUCUGUUCAAAUAAGCGGACGUAGUUCUAGUAGUAAUACUUUGUAUAGUAACAAUAAUGAAGUUUUACCAAACGUGGGAUUAAACAUGUCAACAAACUUCACUGAUACUAGAUUUGACAGUUACAAAAUGAGUGGCAUGUCACACAAAUAUUGAACAGUCAAAUACCUAGCAGAUAAUCAGAGCACAAAACAUUCCUUUGUUUUUGUGCUAGUCAAUUUUUUCUAACAGUGAUUAAAGGAAUACGUUUCUUAAUUUGUUCUAUUUUUAUUUUUUAAUUAAAGGUUAUUUAAUAAUUUCUUUGCACUUUUCAUAUGUGU